AUGAUUGCUGGAUUAAGUGUAGAUCUGAAGAUCGAUGGCUCAUGGCUGAGCGGGUGGGUGAGAUCUGCGAGAUGCAGUGGGGGUGUGGAGAAGAGACAUGUGAGGGAUCGGCAUUGGCGCUAUUGUAAUCGUGACGCGGUAGCGAGGGAGGUUAGAAGCGAGACGCCUUGUACGUAUGUGCUACCGGAAAAUAAAGCCAAAAAUGAAGGCAACUGGCGAAGUGUUAUGGAAGUAGUUGUAGUCGGCUUCACCUGCAUCGUUGGUCUGGUGUGA